AUGUCGACCUCACAGAAACAUCGCAAUUUCGUCUCAGAACCUAUCGGCGACAAGAGUGUUUUCGAGUUACCAGGUGUCGGAGAGGUUCUAGGCCAGAAACUGAAGAGAAAAGGAUACGGCAUGGCUUACAAUGUGUUGGGUCAGUACCUUCUUCUAAAUAAGGAUGAAGAGCUCUUCAUUGACUGGAUGAAGCUAGUCUCCUCCGCCAACCAGAAACAGGCUAAGGACUGCUUUGAUGCCCUUGACAGCUGGUGCUCUGCUUUCAUGCAGUAG